AUGGCUAAUAAUACUGAAUCAUCAUCAGCACCGCUCAGCCAACACAUCCCUUUAGGAAUCCUUGGCGUAUUAAUUACGCUGGAAAAUCUUCUCGUUUGUUUUCUGGUCUACCGCUUCCGUAAAUUAAGGACUUUCACAAACGGAUUCGUGGUUUCCUUGGCUCUAUCAGAUGUUCUAUUCGGCGCGGUGCUUAUUCCGGUAAAUAUAAGUGAUGAACGCAAUCCUGUCAAUGGGUACUUGAUUUCGUUUAUUCUCUUCGCAAACGUUACCAAUUUAUUUGCAGUGACUCUGGACCGUUACUUGGCAGUAAUGAAUUCCUUGCGAUAUUCGUACACUAUGACUAAACAUUUUGUCAAAAUAUUGCUAACAGCUUGGAUACUACCAGUUCCAUUGUGUUUGCUGCCAUUGUUGUGGGAAGGAGGAAGCACUGCGCAUACGGCCUAUAUGUUUUUCAUUGUAAUUGGCGUUAUAGUUCCGUAUAUUUUCAUCCUGUUCGCCUAUAUCAAGAUUUUCCGCGAGGUUGCACGCCAAGUAGAGAGCCUUGCCAAGCUUGCAAAAUAUGAAAACUCGGAAGAGACCGCCAGGGAGGGAAAACGCGUUUCCAGCGAGGCUCGCGUGGCACGAGUUUUUGCAAUUAUCGCUGGAAUUUUCGUUAUUAGUUGGAUGCCUGUGUUCUAUAUGACGGCGGCUGACGCUCUGCAAAAAGAAGAGCUGAUCCCGCAAGAACUCUCCUUGGUUGGUUGGUACACCAUGACCGCUGGCUCGCUAGCAAACGCCGCAGUGUAUGCGUUUUUCAAGGGUGAUUUCCGAAUGGCCUUCCUGCGACUAUUUCACUGCCGAACGGAAACCUUCCGAUGGCAUUUCUCCGGCGACGAAGCGAUGUCUGUAUAUAGGUAUGGCUCCUCUGUGAACUAA